UUUGGCUCAUGCCUCAGCGUUUGGGAGUGCUCCCAGCGGAGCGCGUGGAAUCUCCGUGGCCGCUCGCGCGCUUUGGCGCGGCCCAUGGAGGAGGGCCAUGCCAAAUUCGGGCCGAAGCCGGACAAGGCGCAGUUCCAGCCGGAGGGCAGGUGACGGGCAUGGAGGCCGUGGCGUGCAGCUCAAAGGACGAGGAGCAACACUGAAGCCUCGACCGGAGGGUGUGCGGGCGGUGCUGGUCGCCCAUGAGGCUGGAGCGCCCUCGCAAGGCUCGGUGUCGAGCAGCUCAGACUCCGAGGCGGACAUGGCCAAGCCUCCGGGCGUGUGGGAUGGUGUGAAGACGAAGCAGCCACCUCCACGGCUGAAGGUCUCCGGCUGUACCCACAGCGCGGUGAGAGCCAUCAUUUGUGGUGAUUACUUGCCUGAAGCAAAGUCCAACCACGAGAAGCCAGUCUACAGGAAAGUGGAUGGAAAGCAGGUGCUACUCUACUUCUGGGAUGCUCGCCACGGCACCGAGCAGAUGGGCUGGUGGUUCGGCCCCGAGAUCGGUGGCGAGAAGGUCUGGGCGCACAACGCCUCGCCGGGCGGCCCCGAGCCGCCCAGCAAGGGGUGCCACCCGCGCCCGAUGCCGUGGCGCGCGAGGUCGAGUUUGGGCCGGCGCUGUGUCAUCCGCAGCAAAGAAGUUCUAGAUUUUGGGAGGAGAGACUCCCUUGGAAAUUCCAGAUUCGAGGCAGGUAGGGCAUCUCAGGCACUUGAAGUAAAGGAGCUUAGCAUCAAUCAUGGAACUUCCUUCAUUCUAUUCCGCAAAGUGGUGCCUCUCCACUGGUCGAGCCUGAGUGAUUACAGCGUUUCUGUUGAACAUCUUCGUGCUGUUUUUCUUUCCAACAGGGCAUCUCAGGCCGGUUGUUGGAGUCGGGCCAAAAACGAGAGGAGGAAGAUCAAGAUGGCCUGAGCAAGUGAAGGAUGGCCAUAACAAAACCAUUUGCCUCCCUCUCCAGGCUUUUGAGAUGCUCCCUGGCUGAGGUGUUGGUGGCGAGAAUGGGAUGAGUCAUGGCAUUUGGGGCCCUAACCAGUCCACCGGGCCACGAGUCCGACUGGUCGUCCAUGACGGGAGGUCAACCACUUGGUCUCCUGGUUCCAGCUCCCCACAGCCCCA